AUGGAAGCAUUAGAAACUAGUAUAAAUUACUGGGAGGAUGCAUUGGCGGCAUUUUCGUUAGGAGCGCGUGGCGGUGUAUCGGGCACGCUCGCGCUCACCUCGCCUGAAGAAGCUGAGUUCUGCCGCGAGAUACAGGAGUUGCUGCAAGAUGCAUAUCUUUUGCAGGAGCGGUGCGAGCUGCUGUUCCUGGACCAGCGCUCGGUGCUGUUCCGGUCGGAGAGCGGCGGCGAGGCGGCGGCGGGCGCGCGCUCGCGCCUGCUGUCGCACGCGCACUCGUCCGACCACACGCGCCGCGAACACCACUCCAGCGCCGAGUCCUUCGCCUCCGCCGAGGAUCAGGUCGCCGAUUUACGAGAAUUAGAUGACUUCGCAGAAAUAUCCACAGAAAUAGACAACUUGGAAUUGUACCAGAUGGCAGUCAAACAACUGGAAGUUGGAAUUCCGUACAGGACGCUGCGCACGAGCGUGGUGCAGUGCGCGUCGGACUCGGAGUUCGUGUGCAAGCUGCACUGCCUGCGCUUGGGAUUCGCGCGCGUGUUCCGCGACGCCGCCAACUGGGCCUGGUUUGUGGACGCUGGCCGCCAGGUGCUCACCGACCUGCUGCUCUUCGCGGACAAGGAACCAAAGGAAUUUCUUGUUGCAUACGAAGAAAUGGUUUCGUGGGCCACAGACGCCGCUAAUUGGACUACAAUAGAAAAAGAGCUUUCCAGUAAAGGUGUUAAGGUGCUGUCGUGCUACGACGUGGUGCUGGACUUCAUCCUGCUGGACGCGUUCGAGGACCUGGCGGCGCCGCCCUCCUCCGUGCUGGCCGUCGUGCGCAACCGCUGGCUCUCCGAUGGCUUCAAAGAGAGCGCGCUAACAACGGCCGUGUGGUCAGUUAUAAAGGCGAAGCGCCGCUACCUGCAGUACCCGGACGGCUUCAUGGCGCAUUUCUAUUCGAUCUCCGAGCAUUUGCUGCCAGUGCUAGUGUGGGGCUUUUUGGGUCCCCGGGAGCGUCUCCGCGACGUUUGUAAUGCCUUCCAGAACGAAGUCGUCGGCUUCAUCACGGAUCUGUUCAGUUUCCAGAAGUGUCGCUACACCAAUGUCGAAGACUUAGCCGAGGACAUCAUGCAGCACGCCAGGUCUAGAGCCGCGAAUAUCACGGAUAAGUUGUCCGAGAGGAACUAA